GUAACGUUACUUCCUCAACAACGACCAAGUUGCAGCAGGAGAAAUAUUUGCAAAAUGACAAAAUGUGCGGUAAACUAGAUCUCGAUGCGGGGGAAGAGUUGGCGAUUUUUGAUGCCCUUUUAACAGUGCUAGACUUGCAAGUCGCCUACGUUGUAGACGUGAGCGAGAACAAAACUGUUUGCACGGUGAAACCCGAGCGCUUGGAGAGUCUAGUAGCGUGGCUUUUUCUGGGAAUUGGCGGCUGUG